AUGCAAACCGCUCCGAGGACGCGGCGCACGCCGCAAAACACACAGCACACAUACUCGCUCGACUGCCGGAUACACGAAGUGAAGACAUACCCUGUCAAGUCCCCCCAAGGCGCCACCAUCCUCAUCUACGGCCACGAGAAUGGCAUCACAAUCACCUGGCGCGGGGGCCGGAGGCUAAGAGCCCCAAAGCAACCGAACAAUGAGAAGCAAAAUGGCGGGAGCUCAGAAGAUGCUGUCAUGGUGAUCGACUCGGAUGAGGAGGAGGCGCCCGCCGCUGCGUUUGUCGACAAGCCCGAGUUCGAGGACAACAGCCCGACCGUGGAUGCCUCUUCAGUUCCAGAAAUUGUUCAGAGUCUCGACCUUGCACUAGGAACCGCUGCAACACAUAUAGCGGUCUUGCCGAUGCCGCCGUGUGAUGCUGAAGACGCCGCUUGGAACGGCGCAGGCAUUCUGAAGAGCCGGAUUGUCUUCGCAGUGUCCUGCGCAAAUACCGAUGUCUACAUGAUCACGCUUCCCUUGACCCCCCCUUCACACGAGAGCAAGGCCAGGCCAGAAUUGCGCCGCAGUUUGCUGGCGGGCAACGCCGGAACAGGCGUGUGGGAAGAAACACUUACCCAACUGACAGGCCAGAGCCGACCUUGCGGAGGUCUUGCGGUGACAUUGGUGAAGCAAAAGCCAGGAUCUCGAAGCCGGUCAUUGGAGCGCGCAACAUCCCAGGUGGCUCCCGUCCCACGAGCCAUCGUCGCGGCACAUUCGGGGGAAGCCAGCGGCACACUGCGUCUCUGGGACGUGACACUGGACGCGAAGCCAGGAACCACCAAUCGUGUCGAACCCUUCCAGACCGAGUAUCUGCCCUCACCAUUGACGGGCAUCUCAUUCAACCCAACACAUACCACCCAGCUCCUUACCGUCACCUCGCCGCAUGCCGUCCGCAUUUAUGAUUACGCUACCGCGGCACUUCCUUCUGACGACACCUCCGAGGGUCCCUUCCCAACCCAGGGUUCCUGGUUGCUGUCGCUCUAUCCUCCCUUCAACCGGGGACCAUCCAUGUCUACGUCCCGAAAACCGAUUGUGGCUGCCGAGUGGAUUGCACAUGGUCGCGCCGUAUUGACGCUGCUUGGAGAUGGGCAAUGGGGCAUCUGGGAUAUUGACGGCGCAAGCCCCUCGGCCACUGGGUCAACUGGUCUCUUCAGCAAGGCGAACUCGGGCCUCCGUGGCUCGGCUAUCACCGCCUUCUGUGUCGCUGGCCAUCUUGAAGGUACCAGUCCGCUGCGGAACCCCGCGACCCAGAAGUCACCCGCAGCGCCGGGAGCUGGGGGCGAAUUUGUUCCGAUGACACCUCACACAAGGCGAGAUGCGAUUGCCUCCAACAUCUCAGGCGGCUCGGAGAAGUUAGCAGCCGUUCGGGGAGGUAUCACGGUCGCACAAUUACCGUCGCGAGGCGGUGGGUCAGGAGAGGAAAGCGCAAUCUUAUGGCUAGGCGGUGCGGAUCCUAUCGUCUCCGUCAUUCCUGUGAUAUCCAGGUUUUGGGACUCUCAACUCCGGCGUGCCGUAGGCGGCGGUGUCAAUCUUUGGAGUGGUGCGCAACCGACUCGAAUGAUACGCCUGACCGACCUUGGUGCCGGCCUGCUUGGCGAGCGGUGCACGGGUGCAGCCGCCAUUCCCAAACUUAGUCGCAGCAAUGUCGUCAUGAACGGCUCAUCAACAACGAAAGAGACCAGCCCUAGCCACACCGAGGGUCUUCCAAUCGAGGUCCUCCUGCAAGGUGAAAGCCGUCUCGUCUUCGUGCGCGAGAGCGAAGAUGCCAGCUCGCUCACAACGCGCCUCCUCGGCGCCCACAAGAAGCCUUGUACUGAACUUGGCUCGACCAGGGCCAUCAUAACUUAUCCGCGUCCGGAACCGGUGAGCUCCUUCAACAUCAGCUUCGAGAAGCGUCCAGGAAGCAGCGGUGGCGGACUAUUCAGGCCGCGGCCGCGACCGUCGGUCAAGGGUUCGUUUGACCAAUCUAUGGGUGUCCUCCCCUCGACCGAAGCCCCCGACGAGACGCAGUCGGCGCCAUCGAGCCAACAGGGUCUGAUGUUUAUCAACGACCUCAGUUUCGCUGCGGAUCAGCCGGAUGAUGAGUUUGAGGUGGAAGGUCGCGACAUCGAACAGGAGCUGAUGGACAUUAUGGAGAUCGACCGCGAGCUGGAGCAGCUGGAGCACGAGCGCGAGAGGGGGAGGAAGAGAGUCUUCUUCGAGGAGGGUUAG